GGGUGGGCGCCCCCUCAGCCUUCCCGCUCCCUCUUCCCUCAGGGCGCUCAAACUUCCUCAAGGAGCGGYGCCGGCACCUGCCGGGCUUCCCCGCACUCACCGCUGCGGCGCCGAAGGACGGUCAAGCCAGAGCCCGCCYGAUGAGUGCCCGCCUGCCGCGCCGCACAGAGCCUCCACCGCUGGCUCCCCUGCGUUACGGGAGGGAAGCGGGAGACGACAGACUGGAACAAGCAGCGAGGUGGAACGAAAGCCCCCUCCACCUCCCUCCCGGACCCUCUGCCCCGCGCCAUAGCCGGGACCGCCAUGGGCCCUCACCGCUCUCCCUUCAGGGCCGCUCCUCCGCGUCGCUGCCUCUGGUAAGGAGCCGACGACCGCAGCUCCGCUCGGGGCUCUUGUCCUUCAGCCGGGUCCGCCCGGCCCGGGCUGCGGCGCUGCUGCGGCGCCGGGAGCGCCGGGCCCGCCGGUGCCUCCGCCCGGGCUCUGCUGCACCUGCUGCGGGGCUGGGCUGCCCUGCGAGCAGAGGAGGCUCCCUCGCUCCGUCCUCCCUCAACUUCGCAUCACUCCGGGCUGCCCCCGCUCCGCCCCACCGCAUGCACCGGCGCUGCCGCUCGUCCCCGGCUCCGGGGAAAGGCUCGGCUGCCCUCCCGCCCCAUGCACUGCCCCGCUGCCGCGACGGCGGGCAGCUCCCGGCACAGGGCAGGUCCCCUGUGCCCGCCUCUGGCGGGAGGGACCGGGGCCGCCAACGCCAAUCAGCCCCGGCGCGGCUGCUUUUCGGGUCCAACCCCGUGCCACGGGCAGGGACACGUUACCUUAGACCAGGUUACUCCAAGCCUCUUCCAACUGCUUGGCUGGUUAAGUGCCAACUAAACAGUGCAAUAAUCCCGUCCUCUCUCCCCUGACAGACUUUAAAUACAAACGAUAAGUGUCGAGUUGGUUUUGUGUGUGUGCGUGGUUUGGGUAGAUGUGGAUUUGGGUUUGUUUUUUUUCUGUUACUCGCUUAUUAUCUCAUAAUAAUAUAUCAAAAUAUAAUAAAACUGUCAUGUCAUAGGCGACAGACAAUAAAGCUCUUUGAAAGAACAAGAUUUGCCUCUCACCUCUCACACACUCAAAAAUCCAAACUUUUCCUGUUCCUCUUAUCUUACACGUUCACUGGAGAUUUAGCAAUGAGCUUUAAAGGUCAAAGAAGUGUCAGAUUGUCUUUUUGAUUUGACAAAUCGAGUCACUCCAUUAAUAAAAGUGAAGGUUUAAGUUUCACCAGACAAAACAAAAAAGUUAAUGAAAUUGGAAUGAUAGGUUAAUGAAAUGGCAUGAUAAGAAAAAUGAAYGUCAGCUUUAAAUUGAUCUUCAUUCUAGUCAAAACAGCUUGCAAAAGAAAAUGGAAUUUUACUUUCAUUCAAAUUAAUCCCAUUUAUUGGGAAAUAAUUUUUUUCUUUAUUCAUUAUAGUGCUUUUUAAGAGCUCAUCUGUUUCUCCCAUAUAUAACAAAUCAUUAAAGUUUCUCAAACCCAUUUGAUGUCCAGUUAACAUUAAAUCAUGUGUUAAGUUUUCAUGGGUGAUACUGAAAUCCUACAAGCUAGUAGUGACUCUUGCCUUAAGGUAAGUAUUGAGCUCUAAAAAUGAAGUUCCAAAGUUAAAUGUAACAAAAUCAACUAUAUUCACACUAUUGUAUUGAAAAGUUUCAUUAUUUGUAGGCAAAAUUAAUUUCAAUUUAUAUUAGGUACCAGUUCCUCUGCAUAUCCAAAUGAUCUUUGUGUUCUAGUGGCAGCCUAUCUAGUAAAUCCAAACCCAACAGAACCAUUCCUAAAGCAUAAUCAUGGACAUAAGUCUUGAUUUGAAGCAGGUGCAGGUUUUUUUCAGCCCGCCCUGGGUUGUGUUGGGAUCACCUGCACAUUUAUCAGUAUUGCUUUGGUUUCUUGGGKAGCUGUUUUAAGAAAGCUGUUCUCACUGUGAAAAGUGGAAUCAGUGCAGUUACCUGGGGAAUUCUAUUACCAUUGUUUACAAGAUCUUAAAAACUAAAGGUUUCUUCAUGGAAUGUUGUACUGAAAAUGUCUCACAGUGGUGGUAGUACUUUAAUUACUGUGUGCUAUUUAGUACUAACUCAGGGAUGAAAGUUACUUCUAAAAGCUUUUGUACUAUUCCCCAUGAACUCUACMUUUCCUGUCAGCAUGUCAGACUUGCUUGAUUUUGUCAUUGUUCUGCCUUCCCAGUUUCCUAUCUUGAGCAGAUGAGAAUAAGUCAGAAGGUUUUAUUGAAAAUUAACGUGUUCAGUAGUUAAUGACUUUCUCUUAACAUCCUACAUUUAUUGUAAUGACAUCUUUCCUUGGUGCAAAUACUUCAACUYUAGGUAUAUAUACAUCAUAUUGUCCUGUCUUUUCCUGUUAUGAUAACAUGCAAUUACAAAAUUGAUUUUAUUUCAAACUCCGGAUAUGUGUAUAAUUUUGCAUUUAACAAUUUUGUAUUUCUUUCAAAGUAAAUAUAAGGUAUUCAUUAUUAGCUAAGCUAUUGUUAUAAUUCUAAGGUGUWUAAGGUAUACAGACAAAUACUGAAUCAGGGAUUUUUUGUUCUCCAGUAAAUUCCAGAGCCUUACAAAGUAAUUUUGUGUUGCCAAAAUUUUGAAGUCUU